AUGCUGCUGUGGCGGCGCUUGGGGGCUCUUAGAGGCCAACGAGCCCCUCGGAGGCUCCGGGCGGGGGGACCAGGACCAGGACCAGAACCAGGACCAGGAUCAGGGCGAACCAGCGAUGGCGGCGGUGCUCCUCGGCCGCUUUACAUGGAUGUCCAGGCCACCACCCCGCUGGAUCCCAGAGUCCUGGACAGCAUGCUCCCGUACCUGACAGCCUACUAUGGCAACCCGCACUCCAGGACCCACGCCUACGGCUGGGAGAGCGAGGCUGCCAUGGAGAAUGCGAGGCGGCAAGUUGCAGACUUAAUAGGAGCUGAUUCACGGGAAAUUAUAUUUACCAGUGGUGCAACAGAAUCUAAUAAUAUGGCAAUUAAGGGUGUUGCAAGGUUCUAUAAAUCCAGAAAAAAGCAUAUCAUAACUACACAAACAGAGCACAAAUGUGUGUUGGAUUCUUGUCGUUCCCUGGAAACAGAAGGUUUUCGCAUCACGUAUCUACCUGUUAAAAAAAAUGGACUCAUAGAUCUGAAGGAACUGGAGGCUGCAUUCCAGCCGGAUACAAGUUUGGUUUCUGUAAUGACUGUAAAUAAUGAAAUAGGAGUAAAACAGCCAAUUCAUGACAUUGGUGAGAUCUGCCGUGCACAUAAGGUUUUCUUCCACACAGAUGCUGCACAAGCGAUUGGUAAAAUUCCUAUGGAUGUCAACAGCAUGAAAAUUGACCUAAUGAGCAUCAGUGGCCAUAAAAUUUAUGGGCCCAAAGGGGUUGGUGCUCUCUAUGUUCGCCGCCGACCACGUGUCAGGCUGGAGCCCCUGCAGAGUGGGGGAGGCCAGGAGAGAGGACUGCGGUCUGGGACUGUGCCCACACCUCUAGCAGUAGGACUGGGGGCAGCAUGUGAAGUGGCACAGCAAGAGAUGGAGUAUGACCAUAAGCGAAUCUCCCAACUGGCAGAACGACUGGUUACAAAAAUAAUGAGUGAAGUUCCUGAUGUGGUGAUGAAUGGAGAUCGAGACCAUCGCUAUCCAGGAUGCAUCAAUUUAUCUUUUGCAUAUGUGGAAGGGGAGAGUCUUCUGAUGGCUCUGAAAGAUGUGGCUCUGUCUUCAGGAAGUGCUUGCACAUCAGCCUCUCUGGAGCCUUCCUAUGUUUUGCGGGCAAUUGGAACAGAUGAAGACUUGGCUCACUCAUCUAUAAGGUUUGGCAUUGGCCGUUUCACUACAGAAGAAGAAGUGGAUUAUACAGUGCAGAAAUGCAUACAGCACGUGAAGAGGCUGAGGGAAAUGAGCCCUCUCUGGGAAAUGGUGCAGGAUGGAAUUGACCUCAAAAGCAUUAAAUGGACGCAGCACUGAGAAAGCAUGGCUAUCCAUGGACUAGAUAUGGAUUAAAAUGCAUUUUUCUGUACAGUCUUAAGCAAAUUAUGCAGCACUUCUGUUUUCUGACACUUGCAAUUUGACUGGAGAAUUGCCCUUUCAGACCACAAAAUCUAAGAAGCCAAAAAUGAAACUAGUUUUUAUCAUGGAGAAAGGCAGGCUGAUCUGACACCCACUGUGUUCCUAUUGACACACAGAAAUUUAUGCUAAAAUGUAAUUUAUUCAGAAAUGUGUUUUCUAAUGAGAAAAUUAAAUCAGCGUGUUACUUCCAGGCCA